GAAAUGGACAUAAAGAAACGUUGGAUUAAUCUCUUCAGCUUGACUACUCCAAUGCUUCAAUGAACUAGCCACUGCGGCACAGCCUACCUAACUCACAGCUCGCAUAUCUUAUUCUCCAGUUCCCAAAUCUCUCGACUUAAACCUUUCAGAUUCUGUUACUUCGUUUUCCGGUCCAUAUCCUUUACUUAGCAAUAUAGACAUCUUUUUAGUUUCUGUUGUGAGGCUUUCUCUCUUAAUGUCAAGUAGCUCCAGUGACAGCACUUUUGACGUAGAGGAACUUUUGCAGAUUGGGACAAGAUGCAGAGAGCUACAGAAAGAAAAAUACUUGUUGAGUAAAUCUCAAUCACAUAGCUUUGAACUAAUCCAGAUGUUGGAACUACAUGUGAAAUCAUUAUCAAAAGCUCGUGCUGAAGACAGAAAGCACAUUCAGAAAUUGGAAAAAGAGUUAUUGAACUGCACUCAAGAGAUAGAUUACCUGCAGGAUCAACUAAAUGCAAGGAAUGCAGAAGUUUACAGCUUGGGGGAGCAUGUACAUGACCUUGAGUUGAAAUUAGCAGACAUGGAUAAUUUACAGGUGAAGGUUGGUCAGUUACAGGGGGAAAUGAAGAGGUCUGACACAGAGUGCUUCUUAUUGAUACAGGAUUUGAAGAGCAAAGAAUUAGAGCUGCAAAAAUCAGUUUUAUGCAUAGAGAAAUUGGAGGAAUCUAUUUCUUCUUUAACCCUAGAUUCCCAAUGUGAAAUAGAGAGUAUGAAGCUUGAUGUAAUGGCUUUGGAGCAAGCAUGCUGUGAAGCUAAAAGGGACCAGAAGGAAACCACUCUAGAAAAGGCAGCAAUGGAUGAGUUAAUAGAAGAACUGGAGAUUCGAGUUCAUGAUGCAGAGGAAAUUAUAGAAUGCCUAGAAAAGGAGAAUAAAGAACUGAGAGACAAAUUUUUUACAUCUGAAAUGCAUGCGGGACAAUUUCUUCAAAAGAUAGAGGAGUGGCAAGAAAACAAGGACAAGUCACAACUUAAUAUUCAGCAAAAAUUAAGUGAAUCGGAGAGCAAAAAUAUGUCAAGAGAAAAGAGUGCUUGCGGAGAGGUACUUGGUCUACUUUUUUCAAAAUUAGCUAUUGUAUUGGUACCAGAAUCAAAUUUGAAAAACCAGAUGGAAAGAAUGUCUCACCAGAUAAGCGAAUAUGAAGUUCUUUUGAAACAGCUUAAGGAAGCUUUGAGAGAGGAAAAAUUGAAGGCAAAGGAAGAAGCUGAUGACCUAGCACAAGAAAUGGCUGAGCUGAGGUAUCAAAUGACAACUUUACUUGAAGAAGAGUGCAAGCGCCGUGCUUGCAUUGAAAACGCAUCAUUACAGAGAAUAGCUGAAUUAGAGGCACAGAUUCAAAAAGAACAGAGGAAGCCUUUGUUCAGGCAAUUCCAUGAAGCAUAGGAAUUGGCUGCAUCUAGAACCAUGGGGAUCCAUUAAUUAGAAUGUGUUUUGAGGUUUGUAUCUUUCAUAUUUCUUCUUCUUCUUCUUCUCUUUUACUGCUGCAUAGAAUUUCCUACUCCUGAGGUGCUACUGUACAUACUCUUUAUUUUUCCUUCCUUCAGAUGCUGUUGGAUAUAAUAUUUAUUUUAUAUGGUUUUGCAUUCGGCUUUCUUAGGUAACUGCCUAAGAAAUUAAAGUGCCAGGUUUGGAUCAUAUUUGCAAUCAAAAUCUAUUUGCUAUAUGUGUAUCACACAUCAACAGCACAUAUAAAUAUAUUUUUAUUUAGGUGCCAGCUGUUAUUCAUCUAAUUAGCAUGAAAGCAAAUUUUGGUUUUGUUUUUCAAUACAUGCCUGUACUGACAAUGCUGUCUGAGAAAUCAAAAUGACAAGCUGGCUAAGAUUGUAGAUGUUGUUUCAUAUAGGAGCAUGGAACUAUAACUUUUUGCACCAAGUCUCUUAGUGCGAAUUUUUCAACAGCAUGACAGACUGUCAACUAUGGUACCAAUACUUUUAUGCAGGAGAGUUGUGAUGUUCCAUCGGAUAGCAACAUGUCUGGAUUUGCUGGGCAUUAAUGUCAGCAUAUGGGUUUUAAAUGUGCGUUCACUGCUUACUUCUAUCUGAUAGAUGAUGCAGCACCCUAGGCUCAAGGUGCAUCCAAAUAAGCUGACAUAAUAUUUUUUUUAGUUUUUUACUCAUCGGCUUGGAGUGGGAUGCCUUUUUUUUCUUAAUUUAUGUCAAUUAGGAAAAGCAUGAGAGUCAAAGCUUUCACAAAUAUGGACAGUCCCCAGUGCAUCUUCUCUUUGGGUGAGGCUGAUGGGUUAUCAUGUUUCGGGUAUAAAGCAUUCUGAGCAGAAAUUGUACCUAAGCUCCACAUUUGAAUGAAGCAUAUUAUUGCAGAUAUAUAUAUAUGGGUGAGCGUUUGAUGUAGAAGAAAUCUAAAUGUACAAGUAUAGCGCAGUCAGUUUUGUAUUUUUACAUUUGUUUUAUUGAUCUAAUUGUCUAUCAUUUGGUGAUUUA